AUGAAUAUUAUUACCCCAGAAACAAUCAAAGUUUCGAAAACUAAUAGUUCUAGUAGUUCUAAUAGCAAUCAUUUUACUAUGGUUACAGAGAAAAUCGAUUUCAGCGAUCCAAGGCCAUUAUUAAGAUUUAAGACACUAUUAGCUCAUUAAAUCAUAAAAUAGUGA